AUGAGUUUAUCAAGAAUCAGACGAUUAGAUCCCACUGUUGUGAAUCGUAUUGCAGCUGGAGAAAUCAUCCAACGCCCUGCAAAUGCCUUGAAAGAGUUAAUUGAAAACUCGCUCGAUGCUGGAUCUACUCGAAUUGACAUUUGUGUGUCUGAUGGAGGAUGCAAAUUAUUGCAGAUCAAAGACAAUGGCCAUGGUAUCCGUUUGGAGGACAUGGAAAUUGUCUGUGAACGUUUUACUACGAGCAAAUUGAGCAAAUUUGAAGAUUUGUCAGAUAUUGCUACCCAUGGUUUUCGAGGAGAAGCUUUGGCUAGUAUUUCUCAUGUGGCUAAUGUAACCAUCACAACCAAGACAGCAGAUUCUCCUUGUGCAUUUUCAGCCACUUAUUCUGACGGAAAGCUUGUUCCACCCAGACCUGGGCAGAGUGCAGGCCCAAGGCCGUGUAGUGGCACAGAAGGAACACAGAUCACUGCUGAAGAUCUUUUUUAUAAUGUUCCUACUCGUAAAAAGACAUUGAAAUCAAGUUCAGCAGAAUACAAAUUAAUCAUUGAUGUUGUCAGUCAAUACGCUAUCCACAACAGCAGUGUUGCUUUUACAUGCAGAAAGCAAGGGGCUGUUAAUGCAGAUGUGCAGACAGCAUCAGAUUCUAGUGUUGUAGAUGCCAUUAGCCAGAUAUAUGGGUCCAAUAUUGCUUCUGAAUUGAUACAAGUCGAACAGGCUUUCGAGUCACAGGAGUUUAAAAUGAAUGCCUAUAUUUCGAAUGCAAACUACAACACAAAAAAGAUGAAUCUGUUAUUAUUUAUCAAUCAUCGAUUGGUUGAAAGUAAAUCUAUCGCACAAAUGAUAAAGGAAAUCUAUUCAGAGCAUCUGCCAAUUGGUACAUAUCCAUUUGUCUAUCUUAGUCUGGAAAUAAACCCUCGUAAUGUGGAUGUCAACAUACAUCCUACCAAAAAAUCGGUUCGCUUUUUGAAUGAAGACAGAGUUGUAGGAUCUGUUCGGGAUGCAUUCGAAGAAAAGUUAAAGAGCGCUAGCCUCUCCAGAUCAUUCAAGGCAAAGACUGUCGCUUCAAAUACAGCCCAUGCUACUACAGAUAAUGAUAUGUCACCGUAUGAUUCAUAUUCCUUACUCGGAAAAUCACCAAGUGCAACACCAUCGUACAACAAGAUCCGUACUGAUAAUAAGGCCCGAACUCUGGAUUCUUUUCUGUACCAGCCAGGAAGCAGUAUGCCCGGUCCACAAAAUCUAGCAGUAGAAAUCGUCGGUGGCUCUCAAGCAGAUAUAGAGAAAUCAAAAUCCACAAGACCAAGAGUCGAGGUUCGUCUAAAGAGCGUCAAAAAUCUUUUAAAGGAGUUGAAAGACUCGGAAAGUAAAGAACUUACGAAUCUGUUGAAUGAACACACGUAUAUUGGCUCUAUAGACCAGACCUCGGCAUUGAUACAACACGAAACAAAAAUCUACUUGGUUAAUCACAAUAGCUUGAGUGAGGCUUUGUUUUAUCAGGUAGCUCUGGAAGAAUUCUGUAACUUUGGAUCUCUGCGCCUAGAUAAUCCCAUAAAUAUAUCAGAGUACCUAAAGAUGGCCGUUCAGGCAGAAGAACUGUGUGGCUGCAUACCUAAAGAUGCCCCAGACAAAGACAGUAUUAUUGAAAGUAUCACAAAUAUGCUGCUUUCUCGUGCUGAACUACUGAACGAAUAUUUUAACAUCAUUGUCUCUGAAGACGGGAUGUUACAUGGUAUACCGAUGAUUCUGCGAGGUUAUGUCCCAGAAAUGGACAAAUUACCUUCCUUUUUGCUAAGAUUAGGAACAGAGGUUGAUUGGGAAAAUGAGAAAAAGUGCUUUGAUGGGAUAGCCAGGGAAUUGGCUAUUUUCUAUAGUACCGAACCACUUUUGACUCUAGAAGAAGAUGACGAGGACCAGCUUAAGAGAUACAUGUGGCAGAUCGAGAACAUCAUAUUCCCAAGCCUAAAGUCUUAUUUUAUUGCCCCUGCAAUUUUGGCAACACAAGAAGAUUGUAUUAGGAAAUUAGCAAGUACAGAUGAACUAUACAGAAUCUUUGAACGAUGCUGA